AUGGCCGACGAUAAUUCAGACGCCCCUGCUCCCGCCUCCGAGGCCUCGGCCGUGACGGAGUCCCCCACCACCGAUGUCCCCGUCGCCGAAAGCUCCGCCGGUCCUUCCUCCGUUGCGUCUUCCUCGACAACCCCUCUCGGUCCCGACGGCCAGCCGUUGUCCAAGAAAGCGCAGAAGCGCAUGGCGAAGCGGGCCUACUAUGAAGCCACACGACUCGAGAAGCGUGCCGAGGAGCGCCAGCGGCGCAAGGAGCGCAACGCCUACCUGAAGGCGGGCUAUGAGGCGGGCACGCUGUCGCCCAAGGAGCGCGAGAUCAUGGAGAACAAGCUGCAGCUGAAACGCGCGCGACGACACAAGCCGGAGCCGUACCCGGGUGCGAUUGUCAUCGAUCUCAAAUUCGACGAGCUCAUGCUGGACGCCGAGCUCCGCUCCAUGGCGUCGCAGAUCCAGUAUGUGUACUCGGAUACGCGCGCGGCUGCACGACCUUUCUCGAGCGUGCUGUUCACGGGUUUCAGCCCCGAGUCGACGCCGAGGCUCUGGGCCCAGAUGCUCAAGCACCAGUGGACGAAAUGGGACGGGCUGCACUUCCGUGCCGAGGACAUCGACGCUGUGCAGGCCGAUCUGGCCGCUCUCAGCGUGGAGGGGGACGACAAGGAGCCGGCAGAGAAGCAGGAGAAAGAGUGCAACGAGGAGGACCGCACAACGUUCCUAUGCGGCUCAGACCUGCCGCCAGGAUUCAGCAAGGGGCGGCAGCUGGUCUAUCUCUCGGCGGACAGCGAGGAGGAGCUCGAGACACUGAGCCCGGAGGAGAUCUACAUUAUCGGCGGCAUCGUCGACCACAACCGACACAAGAUGCUGUGCCAGAACAAGGCUGAGAAGAUGGGUAUCCGCACCGCACGCCUGCCGAUCGGAAAGUACAUCGAGAACCUGCCGACACGCAAGGUCCUGACUGUGAACCAGUACAACACGCUCGGGGACUGGGCCAAGGCGUUCGAGGCCGUUAUCCCGCAGCGCAAGUACACGGAGAAGAAGAAGGAGCGGAGAGAAAAGCGCGAGGCGGCCAUGAAGGAGGGCGCGGCUGGUAGUGCGGACGUUAGUCAGUCCGAGGGAGGGGAAGGCAUGGACCUCGAUGCGGUAGAUGAGGAGGCGGCGAUGAAUGCGAACGCCGAGGAAGCCGCGAUGAACGCCGCAGCCGAGGAGGCCGCCAUGAACUCGUAG